AUGAACAUUGAGGAAGGCAACCCAGAGGAGGAGAUGAUGGGCAUGUGCAAUUGCAGGAGAGAAUUGGCCCUCCACACAUGCCCCAACCAGUGUGUGUGCUCUCCCUCUUCUCUCCUUCCCCAUGAAGGGAAGCCCCAGGGGGGCUCCGUGGCCAUCCAGCUCCCAGGAAAGCUGUUCACUGACUUUGAGGCCUGGGACCCCCACAGACCACAGGGAAGGCGCCCCGAAAUCCAGGGUCCUAAAUAUUGCCACUCUUCCUUCGAUGCCAUCACUGUAGACGGGCAACAGCGACUGUACAUUUUUCAAGGAAGCCACUUCUGGGAGGUGGCGGCGGACGGCAAUGUCUCAGAGCCACGCCCACUACAGGAAAGGUGGGCGGGGCUGCCCCCCCACAUCGAGGCUGCUGCGGUGUCAUUGGACAGUGGGGACUUCUACUUCUUCAAAGGGAGCCGAUGCUGGAGGUUCCGGGGCCCCAAGCCAGUGUGGGGUUCGCCACAGCUGUGCCGGGCAGGGGGCCUACCCCGCCACCCUGACGCGGCCCUCUUCUUCCCGCCUCUGAGCCGACUCAUCCUCUUCAAGGGUGCCCACUACUAUGUGCUGGCCCGAGAUGGACUGCAGGUGGAGCCCUACUACCCGCGAGGCCUGCAGGACUGGGGUGGUGUCCCCGAGGAGGUCAGCGGCGCCCUGCCACGGCUGGACGGCUCCAUCGUCUUCUUCAGAGAUGACCGCUACUGGCGCCUUGACCAGGCCAGACUGCAGGCGACUGCCUCGGGCCGCUGGGCCGCAGAGCUGCCCUGGAUGGGCUGCUGGCACGCCAACUCGGGGGGCUCCCUGUUCUGAAGAUGCACCAAUUGCAACAAUUCACCCCUUAGUGAGUUGUUGGUGCCCUUGUGGCCAACGUGUGUCCCCUGCCCCAGGAACGGGACCUGCCUUGGAAGCCUCCGAGCUUCCCUGCAGAAGACCAGACAGGAAAGUUUGCGUGUGUUUCCUGGAGAAUUGCUUUGUGCUCUUAAGACACUGAUCUUUGUGGGAUCAGUCCAAGGAGAAGCCAAAAAGGGUCUCAAACCCCCCAGCCCUUUCCCAAAGGACUCUCCUCCCCAAGCCUCAGGGAUUUUGUUUCUUCUGCUAAAGGUGCACUUCCUGUCCAUGAGGCAACAGCACUGGGCGGCCAGGGAGGAUGCAAAACUCAAUGGAGAGGUUGGGACCACUUUGCAAGACUGUCUCCUUCUCCUCAGGACCUCCCUGGCUCAGUUUUUGGAGAAUUGUGUCUUUUUAAAUGAGAAGCCUCACUUCCAGGAAGCUUGGGUGGGUUGGGUACAAGGAUUUCCAACCUCAGAGAGCCGUGGGGGUCGGGGUGGGGGGUCAGGACCCAGAGCAAGAGGGAGACUGAAGCAGGCCUGCUGGGCCCCACUGGAAUAAAGUGGUGCCCCCAGCUGGUGGGCCCGGAAGCAGGCAUCAGCCUUCCUUGGCAUGGUUUCCAGUGAGAGCACGGAUGCUGGAGCGGCUGGAACAAUGUUCUUUCCCGUCCAAGCCAAGACUACAGACUGUGUGUGAGUCAUCGUGAUGGGGAGAGGUGGCCCGAAAAAGCAAAAAAGCUGGAGAGCCAUGGGUGGCAGGGAGAGGGUGGGGGCCUCUCUGGAGGGCUGCACUGCUGCAGGCGCUGGGGUCCCUGCCGGCUGGGGGAGGCCUCGUGCUCACAAUGGCCCCAUUCUUCAGGCCACACACGCAGCGUUCCAGGAGCUGGAUGGCUGGCCAAGAAUAGCUGGGAUUCCUGGAGAAGGAACCAGCUCUCCAGCCUCUCUCUCUU